UGAUGAUGCACUAGCCAGUGUUCUUUCCUGGAUCCAAGAUGUCAAAGGAAUUGGAGACUCCUCUUUCCUUGUCUGAUUGUCUUUGCAAUAUUUGCAUGGAAAUUUUUCUGGAACCUGUAACAUUGCCAUGCCAGCACACUCUCUGCAAACCCUGUUUCCAGCUUACAGUCGAGAAGGCCAGUUUGUGCUGCCCUUUCUGCCGUCGCCGAGUUUCUUCUUGGGCACGUCAUAAUGUCCGUAAGAACACUCUUAUUAAUUUGAAAUUAUGGGAAACGAUUCAGAAGUUUUUCCCAGAAGAAUGCAAACGUAGACUUAAUGGUCAGGACCAAGAAGAAGAAGAGGAUGUAUGCGUUCCUCAGCCAGUACGUUGCUUAAGUAAGCCUGGAGAAUUGAGACAGGAGUAUGAAGCUGAGAUUACUAAGGUGGAGGAAGAGCGACGGGCUCAUGAACAAGAGGAGAGUAAAGCAAGUGAAGAGUAUAUUCGAAAGCUAUUAGCAGAAGAAGAAGAGCAGCAGAGGCUAGCAGAAGAAAUGAAAAAACAGAUGGAAGAACAAUUAUUACUAGAUGAAAGAUUGGCCCGGGAACUGAGUUUGAACUUGAACAGCUCUAGUGAGAAGCAUACACUUAGCACUCUAUCACCUGGCCCAUCUCCCUUGAAUUCUUGCAAAUCAUCGAAGAGCAAAUCAGGUUGUUCUGGGGACAUUAAAAGGUAUUUGUCUCCAAAAUCCUGUAGUUCUUUACCUCCAGUGACACUCUCCAACAAAUUAGAGGAAGAAAGCAAUGGUUCCUUUUCUGGGGAAAGCAGCAGUACUAAAAACAGUUUUAUAUGUGGAGAAGAGAAAGAAGAUGAGAUGCCCACACUGACUCCACAAAUAUUGGCUAUGGAGACAGAGACCAAGGAUUCUUUUUUAGAGCCAUUAUUGCCACAAUUAAAUAUAUGUACUAAAGAUGAAACUACCACCCUCAGCUUGGACCUGACAUGCCUUUCCACUUGCCAGGGAAAUGAACUUGCUGGUACACUUUCCACUGUUGCACGCAGGGAUAACUCUGAGCAAGUGGGUCCUUUUUCAAAGAGAGAGGCAGCUGUUUCCGACUUUGAAAAUGACAAGUUUGUAGGAAAUAUGGACUUGGCAAAAGAUGCAAAAGUUGGCACACUGAAGAAAACACUAAUUUCUGUGAUGUCUGGUAACCAGCAGAACAGCUGUCAUACAAACUGCAACUUAGUGAUGGAAAACAGCCCGGUUGGAAAUAUAAACCCCAGCAGAUCUCUGAUUGAAAUCUCUUUAGCCAAGAGAAAAUCUCAAGAAUCAUCCCCUGAAGCAGCAGUCAAUUCACACUUGAAGGAUAAAAGGAGAAAAACUUUAUCUCAAACUUCUGAGGACAAAGAAGAGAUGAAUGAGAUACAACAGCAGAUGAGUUUGGAGCAGAAAUGUUAUGAAAGGUUUAAGCAAGAACAGCAGGACAAACUUCUGGCUCUGAAGCUUCAGAAGGAAAUGGACAAAGAAGAGAAGAUUCUGAAUCGCAAAAAAGGCUCUCCGGAUGAGUACCAUUUGCGCCCCAAAACAUCUCAGUCAGAACACGCAUCUCCAGUUUCUUGCAAGCUGUUGCAGAACACACAGCCUCCAAGCAAGAAGACUGAAGCAGAUCAACGCAAGCAUCGCAGAAGCUCCCGAAACGAGAAUAGUAAGCCUUCUAAUAAACGCCAGCCAAAGCCACCAGGUAUAAAAGGAAAUGUUUUGAACUCUGUACUCAACAGUUCAGACUCUAAGGAGGUAGAAUUGUUGUCAAACAAGCAAAAAACUAUCCUUCAGAUGUUUAAGAGGUCUGCUACAAAGUAG